CUCCAGCUCAUCGCCAGUGCUGGCCAGUGCUGUGCGCUGCCCAUGAGUCACUCCUCUCCCACCCACUGCCGCUGCCGGCCACCCUACAUAAACCCCGGCACUCCCCUCGUUCUUGCCACGCCACGCCACACCCCUCCCCUGCCUCCCUCACUUCAAAUCAAUUCAGCGCCAGUGAGCAGUAAGGCCAAGGCAGCAUCCAGCAAUAGCAGCUACCACUGCCCCUUGUCUUCCUCCUCCCGGCAUCCUCCCUUGUCUUCCUCCUAGCAACUGGCAUCAUGAGGACCCAAAGAAGCCUCCUUGCCUUCCUCCUCUUGAUUUCCUUUGCAUUGCUCGCCGUCUCCUAUGCGCAGGAGCGCAAGAACUAUGUAGUGCAUCUCGUGCCGAGAGAGGAGGGCAGCACCGACUCGGUAGAGGAGUGGCACCGGUCGUUCUUGCCGGAGGCCACGCUGGACUCGGCGGGCGACGACGGCCCAAGAAUCAUAUACUCGUACAGCCACGUGUUGCCGGGGUUUGCCGCGCGGCUCACCGAGGAGGAGGCCGAGAGGCUGAGGAACCGGGAGGGGUGCUUGAGGCUGUACCCCGAGGAGUUCUUGCCACUGGCGACCACCCACUCGCCGGGAUUCCUCGGCCUCCACCUCGGCAAGGACGGCUUCUGGAGCCGUUCCGGGUUCGGCCGGGGUGUGGUGAUUGGGCUAUUGGACACCGGCAUCAUGCCCAGUCACCCGUCCUUCGGCGACGCCGGGUUGCCGCCGCCGCCGAAGAAAUGGAAGGGGACCUGCGAGUUCAAGGCGAUCGCCGGAGGCGGUUGCAACAACAAGGUCAUCGGCGCGCGCGCGUUCGGGAGCGCGGCGAUUAACAGCACGGCGCCGCCUGUGGAUGACGCGGGGCACGGCACCCACACGGCAAGCACGGCGGCGGGCAACUUCGUCGAGAACGCCGACGUGCGCGGCAACGCGCACGGCACGGCGUCCGGGAUGGCGCCGCAUGCGCACCUGGCCAUAUACAAGGUGUGCGCCCGAAGCCGGUGCUCCAUCAUGGACAUCGUCGCGGGGCUGGACGCCGCCGUCAAGGACGGCGUGGACGUGCUCUCCUUCUCCAUCAGCGCGACCGAUGGCGCGCAGUUCAACUACGACCUCAUCGCCAUCGCCACCUUCAAGGCCAUGGAGCACGGCAUCUUCGUCAGCGCCGCGGCCGGCAAUGGAGGCCCCACCGCCGGCACUAUCACCAACGGCGCGCCCUGGAUGCUGACGGUCGCGGCUGGCACCAUGGACCGCGAGAUACGCACAACCGUAAGGCUCGGCAACGGACAGGAAUUCGACGGCGAGUCGCUGUACCAGCCCCGGAACAACACCGCCGGGCGCCAGCUCCCGCUCGUAUUCCCGGGCCAUAACGGCGACCCGGAUGCCCGCGACUGCAGUUCGCUGGUCGAGGCCGAGGUGAGUGGCAAGGUGGUGCUCUGCGAGAGCCGCUCGAUCACCGAGCACGUCGAGCAGGGCCAGACUGUGUCCGCGUACGGCGGCGCCGGCAUGAUCCUCAUGAACAAGGCGGCGGAGGGGUACACCACUUUCGCCGACGCGCACGUGCUGCCCGCGUCGCACGUGAGCUACGCUGCGGGGUCAAAGAUCGCGUCCUACAUCAAAUCCACGGCCAAGCCCACGGCGACCAUCACCUGCCGGGGGACGGUGAUGGGCUCGUCCCCGGCGCCGUCCGUCGCGUUCUUCUCGUCGCGCGGGCCCAACAAGGCCAGCCCAGGCAUUUUGAAGCCGGACAUCACCGGUCCCGGCAUGAACAUUCUCGCCGCGUGGGCGCCCAACGAGUUGCAUCCCGAGUUCGCGGACGACGUGAGACUCCCCUUCUUCAUGGAGUCCGGCACGUCGAUGUCGACGCCGCACCUGAGCGGGAUCGCCGCCAUCAUCAAGAGCCUCCACCCAACCUGGUCCCCCGCGGCGAUCAAGUCGGCGAUCAUGACGUCGGCGAACACCGCGGACCACGCCGGCGUGCCGAUCAAGGACGAGCAGUACCGCCGGGCGAGCUUCUACGCCAUGGGAGCCGGCUACGUGAACCCCUCCCGCGCCGUGGACCCAGGGCUGGUCUACGACCUCAACACCAACGACUACAUCGCCUACCUCUGCGGGCUGGGGAUCGGGGACGACGGCGUGACGGAGAUAGUCCAUCGCAACGUCUCCUGCGCCAAGCUCAAGCGCAUCACGGAAGCAGAGCUCAACUAUCCGUCACUCGUGGUCAAGCUGCUGUCCCAGCCAAUCACCGUUCACCGCACCGUGACCAACGUCGGGACGGCGAACUCGGUGUACACGGCCGUGGUGGAAAUGCCCAAUAAGGAGGUGUCAGUCAUCGUGCGGCCGCCGAUGCUGCACUUCUCCAAGGUCAACGAGAUGCAGAGCUUCACUGUGACGGUGCGAUGGAACGGCCAGCCGGCCGUCGCCGGCGCCGAGGGGAACCUGAAGUGGGUCUCCAACGAGCACGUCGUGAGGAGCCCAAUCGUGAUACCACCGGCGAUGGCCGUCGCGUAGCUUGUCUGCUUAAUUUGAUCGUGUCGGAUGCUAUUAGUAGUAAGUAGGAACUCAUCACUGGCCCGUGUACGUACCGUGAAGAAGUAGGCGAUUGCUGUAUAGGCUACCGAUCAUCGUUUAGCACCUCGAUCUGUAACGCAGCAAGCUCAGCUGCAAUGGUGCUCGUGUAAAUAACGGAAAUAAUGGCUUCAAAAUGUCUCUGUUACACUUGCGCUU